GCUCCGGUAGAAGUUUGUGCAUGCGCAGUUAGUACAAGGGGAUUCCCCAUUACUCAUUAUUUUUGUUCGACACUUAACCGAGCUUGCAGCUAGAAAUGGGAGAACCGGUGCAGCUUAUGCGUGAUCUCCAACAACGACUGGGAAACGACAAGUACUGUGCUGCACAGAGGGUCAUGCUCAGAGUUAUCAAGCAGAUUAUCGAGAAUCCCGAAGAUGAGAAAAAGCGAUCAAUCAAGCUUGACAAGUUCAAGGAAAAAACAGGUGACGACGCAACGUUGCCUAUCAUGCUCAAAUUGGAUUUUGAACAGAAAGGUGAGCAUAUUGUAUUUCCUGCUUCUGGAAGUAUCGCAAAGCUCAAGGACUUUCAAGCUCAUAUGGAAGGCAAAUAUGCUGGUGGCUCACUAGCUUCAUGGCCAGGAUCGAGAGCCGGUGGAGGUGGAUUGAGUGCCUUUGGUGAUGGUAUGGGCUCAUUUGGUGGUGGUAUGGGCUCAUUUGGUGGUGGUAUGGGCUCAUUUGGUGGUGGAAUGGGUUCAUUUGGUAGUGGAAUGGGCUCAUUGGGUGGCGGUAUGGGCUCAUUUGGUGGCGGAAUGGGUUCAUUUGGUAGUGGAAUUGGCUCAUUGGGUGGUGGUAUGGGCUCAUUUGGUAGUGGAAUGGGCUCAUUUGGUGGUGGUAUGGGAUCCCUUGGUGGUGGUAUGGGAUCCCUUGGUGGUGGUAUGAGCACAUUUAGUAGCGGCAUUGGAAGUGGAACAGGCUCUACUCGGGAGAGUGGUGGGACAGGUGGCCUCGGAACAACUGCCUUUGACGGAAGCGGUAGUUAUCCAACGUCAAGUACAGCUACAACUGCCAUGAGCUCAACCCCUUCAUCAGGUGUGAGUGCUAUGGCAAGCAAGGGUACGUCGCCACUCUCCAGUGGCAGCUUGCAUCAGUUUGGAAGCACUGGUACUGCACGACAUCAAACUGAUUCUCAAACUUCACCUGUAAUUCCAGUUACAGAGUCGCCUGAUGAUGGAGCUGGACAGGACUCCUAUAACUCUGAGGAUCCACUGACAGUGGCAACUCAUCUUGCAUCCAACUUCUUUAGCCUGUGGUUGAAGAUAGCAUCUCCUAUUGAUGUUGGAAGUCAAUCACCGCUUGUUGAAGCUAUCACUACCAACCAGACAAUUGUUGAAAAGGCAGCCAGAUGUCUUGGCAUUAUGCAAGUUGGCAGUGAAUCACACAAGGCAUGGAAAUCAGUGAAAGAAGCAGUAGAGGUUGCUGUGAAGGGGUCUGAUUCUGAUGUCACCACUUUAUGGACAGCAAUCAAUACAUGCUUCAAGUUGCUGCUAGAAGAACUAAGAAAGCACAAACUUGAUACUUGUGCCAAUAUCUGCAUUUUUAUUUUCUCUUCGGUGGCAGUGAUGUCAAUGAUGACCUCAGGGCAGGGUGUGAAUUGUGAGUUGUUGCAACAGUUUCUUGAGAUAGCAGUUGACCUUCCUCCCAAUCGCUUUGAUAGUGAAUAUGCAGACUCUGUUGCCAAAUGUAAUGAUCUUGUCAUUAAAGCAAUGACAGAAGGCACUCUAACAGGGGAUGAUGCCAGCCAGCUGAUAGAGCAGCUCUACUGGCAAGUCAAUGACUUGCUGGCACAUUUCAAGUCUUUCACUGAACCGCCAAUUGACUCUGGUCUUCCUCGUUGUUCUAGUCUUCGCCCAUCCCGUGCUGCUGCAGCUGCUGGUGUUUCUGCUGCAUCUUCCACUAUGGGAUUUCAACCUACAGUCCAACCAGCAAGUAUUCUUAGUUCUCAACCAGUUUCAUCGUUUCCUGCUGUUUUGGAUCCCAUUACCAAAAUGAAUGCUUCUGGUACUACGAUGAAUGCUUCUGCUAUGACGACUGAUGCUUCUGUUACCAAAACAAAUGCCCCCACUGUUACACUCCCAUCUUUGCUGAUUGGUACAGGUCCAACUGUGUCAGAAAUUAUGGAAUCGAUUGCGUCACUGAACCCGCCAUCAACUGCUAGCAGUUCGAAGAGCAGUAAUACAAGUACUACUACAACUACCACAACCAACAGAGCAGGAAUUCUGUCUGACGGUUACUCGCAGUCAAAUGGGACAGUUGGACUUGAGGAAGACUUUGGUGACUCUGACAGAUUGAAAAGGCAUAGGAGACCAGGUGGAUUAAAUGAUAGCGGAAAUAGUACACGCUCAGCAGCCACAACAGAACCAGCAAAUGAAGGCACUAUUGAAAAGGCUGAUGAGGAAGACACCAAAGAGUCAGAUGACAAGGAUCGGGAAUCAGAAAAAGGUGGUUCUGGGUUGCAACAUGUCGGAGUAGAAAUACAAGAUAAGUCCCAGGAGUCAAGAGAACACAGAGGAACCAUGACAAAAGGGAUUCACUUGCCUGAGGAAGGUGAAGAAAUUACUGCUGAAAAAUAUUCAGAGAUUCUUGAUUCUCUACCAUUGCAAGAAGCUGCAAACCUAGUCAUCAAGGUGUCAGACAAUUUGAAGCAACUGUGGCUGGAAGAUGUGGAGGAGGUUACCAAUCUUCUAGCAAAUAAAGAAGGAGUCAGCACCAGUAUGAAGGAUAGGCUUGAGUUUCGAAAAGCCAAGUUACAGGAAGAGCUGGAGACCAUUGCUGAGAACAGACAGCAUGCAAAGGACUUCCUUGAUUAUCACCAAGGUCUCAGAGAAGCAUGGCCUGCCUGCCCACUAAAGAGGCAACUAAAUGAAGAGGAGCUGAAGGAUGGUGCCGUGACUUUACAGCAAGUUGAUCCAGAAGUCUUGCACGACAUCAUGAAGCAAGUAACCAAUCCAGUUGGUCAAGAUAUGGCCACGUCUGAGCAAGGGGGCGAACUCGUACAGUCUUGGUACAUUCUAUUGCCAGAGUUCAAUGAUGCAGAAAUCUGUUCUCUUGCACAGGACUUGGGCAUUGAAAUAGAAGGUAAAGAUCGAUCAGGUUUGCUGGCAGCAAUCACUAAUGAGUGGAGUAGACAGGGCUUUGACACAGCAUCUUUUGCCACUCAGCCAAACAUACAACCUGAACAACAACCACAGACACCAUCACACCUGUCAUCUGAAGAUACUUCCACAGAGGCGGUGUCAUCUGGUGAACAGGCUGUUAAAAUUGAGAUUGAAGGAGAUAAGGGAGACAGCGACAAUGUUGAAGAAAAUGAUGAAAAAGAGGAGGAUGAAAGUGAGAACAGCACUGCUGAUUAAACAAAUUGCUCUUUUCAACUGAAAGUUAUUGCUGCGCUGUGGUAAAUUUUACCAUCUAGGCUACUACUAGCUUAGGCAUUUGCUGGCUCUGCUUUAGCUAUUGAGAUGACUGUGUUGCUUAGCAAUUAUUUUACAUAGCUUAUCAGCUGUUUGUGAAUGUUGAUUAAGUCGAA